AUGCCACUUAGAACAUCGUUGCACAGAAAGCCGUCCUCUGGUCGUUGGCUCAGCAGGACCACCAAACGCAGGGAGGUGUUGUCUGUCAACAUGAUUAGCCUUCCUCUGGCUGAUUUCCGCCACAUCUCACAUAUUGGCAACGAUGCCCACACGGACAGCUUCGGAGACCUGUCCUUCUUAAAGAUGGGCCGCAAUCUGCUUCUACAGAGCUCCCAGAGUGAGCAGAACCUCUUCCUGGCCUGCUCUGCACCGCCAAAGCCCCCUCGCCUGAACCUGGAUGAGGCCGAGGGCUCCCAGAGCCCCGACUGGCCUGCGCGGCACCUGCACAACAAGUCCAAGAAGAGGAUGAAAUGCAACUCUUUGCCGCUGCUGGACAGUGAGGAAGGGGAAGCAGCGAUGGAAAAGGCGGAUGGGUACCAAAGUGGGAAUAAUGUGGCUCCCAAUCUGGCUCACCGCGUUGGACGGGGAAGCCUGAAUUCAGACAAGGAGGACGACUCCAGAGAGACCUGUGACAAAACUGUAGGAGAGCAUAUGGAGGAGGACAGUGGCUUUGCAUUCAGCCUUGAUCUGGGACCCUCAAUCCUGGAUGAUGUUCUCCAGGUGAUGGACAAAUGCCAGUAG